UAUCAGAGCUUGGUUUUAAAUCCGGCUCUUACUAUGGUGAAAACGGCGAUGACCGGAGCUAGUAGGAACACCACUCCUUUAGGUGUCAUGCUAGAGAACAACCCAGCUGAUCUCUCUGCACAAUCGAGCAAUGGUGGAGAGCAAUUCUCCCAGAAUUCCAACCUGCUAUUGACAGUUCACCGAUUGAAUGGCCAAAAUUAUUUGGAGUGGGCUCAAUCGGUGAAACUAGCAAUUGAUGGCAGAGGGAAGCUAGGCCACUUAACAGGCGAGGUGAAGGAACCAGAAAAAAGCAAUCCGUCUUGGAAGAUUUGGAGAUUCGAGAACUCCUUAGUGAUUGCCUGGCUUAUCAAUUCUAUGGAGCCAACAAUUGGAAAACCUCACCUAUUCCUUCCGACCGCUAAAGAUGUGUGGGACGUUGUGAGAGAAACAUAUUCUGAUUUGGAAAAUUCUUCCCAGAUCUUUGAACUCAAGACAAAGCUAUGGCAAUUGAAUCGAGGGAUUCGUGAGGUCACUAUUUACUACAAUGAAAUGGUGACCUUGUGGCAGGAAUUAGAUCAAUGCUAUGAUGAUACAUGGAAAAGUCCAACUGAUUGUAAGAGACAAAUGAAGAGAGAAGAGAAUGAUAGAGUAUACAUGUUUCUCGCAGGCCUUAAUCGAAGCCUGGAUGAGGUGAGAGGCAGGAUCCUUGGUCGAAAACCUCUACCAUCCAUACGCGAGGUCUUCUCUGAAGUUAGAAGGGAGGAAUCUCGGAGGCGAAUCAUGCUACAUGAUUCGGAAACAAGUGUCAGUUCUAUAUCCGAAAAUUCUGCACUUGUAUCUCGGGGGCUUAAUUCUGAGGAAGACAGGAGGAAGAAACCAUGGUGUGAACAUUGCAAGAAACCAUGGCAUACCAAAGAGACUUGCUGGAAAAUUCACGGGAAACCACAGAAUUGGAAGAAAGAAGGUUGGAAGAGAAGGAGCAGUAACGAUGGUCGUGCGUUCCAAGCAACAAAUGAAGAAGAGCAAAUCAAGUCUGAUUUGGUUUCAUUCACAAAGGAACAAUUAGAGCACCUAUACAAAAUCCUUCAAUCUCCACAACCUUUUUCAAAUCCAUCUUGUUCUUUAGCCCAGAAAGGACUUGACCUCGGGGAGGACGAUUGGCAAUGCUAGAGAGAGUGGAGCACUCUAUUUCUUUGAAGAUGGAACAAGCUCAAGUAGACAAGUCCAGGGUAGUUGUUUUGAAUCUGUUACUCUUAGUAAGGAUGAUGACAUUAUGUUAUGGCAUUAUAAGCUAGGUCAUCCGAAUUUUCAAUAUUUAAAGUUCUUGUUCCCAAAGUUAUUUUUGAAUAAAAGUCCAUCUUCAUUUCAA